CCUGGAGGACGAGAACAGACACGUUUCUGGUGGUGUAGAAGGGACCGAUGGCAAUGCUUCAGAGUGUAGCGGAGACGCAGGAAAGAGAUUCAACCUGUUAACAAAAAAAUUAAGCAGGGGGAAAAUACCAACGGGAAGGAAAAGGAUAUAUAUAUACACAUAUAUAUAUAUAUACAAUUUAGAAGUAUUGCCCACGUGGCCACAAAGCAUGGGCUGUGCUCCAAGCAUCCACAUCUCUGACAGCAGAGUGGUCUAUCACAGUAGCAAAGAGUCUGAGGAGUGCAAUUCCCCUCACCAGACCAACACAACCAUGUCUCAACAGCAGCAAGGCAACCCCGUCCCAGGAUUAUUCAUUAAAUCCUCCAACACAUCCACUUAUAAGGUGAGGACUAAUUCCUCUAAGAAAGACAAGAGGGAGAACAGCCAGAGCAUGGAGGCAGAGACCCAGACCAGCAGAUCCAGUGUUAAGGCACCAGUAACAGAUGUGCAGUUUGGCCCUAUGAGACUUCAUCAAGAUCAACUUCAGGUACUUUUAGUGUUUGCCAAAGAAGAUAACCAGAGUAACGGGUUCUGUUGGGCAUGUGAGAAAGCUGGAUUUCGAUGUAAUAUUGCCAGAACACCCGAGUCGGCACUAGAAUGUUUUCUUGAUAAACACCAUGACAUUAUCAUUAUUGACCAUAGACAUUCCAGAUACUUUGAUGCAGAAGCAUUAUGCAGGUCUAUCAGAACAACGAAACCCUCAGAAAAUACAGUCAUUAUUGGUGUAGUACGAAGGCAUGCUGAUCGUGAAGAGUCAUCAAUAUUGCCCCUGAUCUCUGCUGGCUUCACAAGGAGAUAUGUAGAAAACUCUAAUAUAAUGGCCUGUUACAAUGAGUUGAUUCAGCUGGAAUUUGGAGAGGUGCAGGCACAAUUCAAACUAAGGGCGUGUAAUUCAUUAUUUACAGCAUUAGAGAAAAGUCAAGAAGCCAUUGAGAUCACAAGUGAAGACCACGUAAUACAGUAUGUCAAUCCUGCUUUUGAAACAGUGAUGGGCUAUCAAAUAGGUGAACUAAUAGGAAAGGAAUUAACAGAAGUGCCUAUAAAUGAAAAAAAAGCUGAUUUCCUAGAAACCAUUAAUUCCUGCAUAAAGAUAGGAAAGGAAUGGCAAGGAAUGUACUAUGCGAAAAAGAAAAAUGGAGAUAGCAUACAACAAAAUGUGAAGAUACUACCUGUCGUUGGACAGGGAGGAAAGAUUAGACACUAUGUGUCAAUUAGUAGACUGUGCAAUGACAACAAUAAGGCGGAGAAGACAUGUGAACGUGUUCAGGCUGAAUCUCAGACAGAUAUUCAGACUUGCAGACACAAAGACAGGAGGAAAGGAUCACUAGAUGUCAGAUCCACAACAUCACGAGGGAGUGAUGGCAGCUCACAAAGGCGGCACUCUUCUAUGGCCAGGAUACAUUCCAUGACUAUUGAAGCACCCAUCACCAAGGUAAUAAACAUCAUCAAUGCUGCACAAGAAAGUAGUCCCAUGCCAGUUGCAGAAGCUUUAGAUCGGGUUUUGGAGAUUUUAAGAACCACUGAAUUGUACUCUCCACAACUGGGGACGAAAGAUGAGGAUCCACAUACAAGUGACCUCGUUGGAGGGUUAAUGACAGAUGGUUUACGAAGAUUAUCGGGGAAUGAAUACAUACUGUCAGCAAAACAAACUCAUCAGGUUGCUGGCAGUUUGAUCUCUCCAAUCUCCCUCAAUGACAUACCCCCACGGAUAACACAGGCAAUGGAAAAUGAAGAACACUGGGAUUUUGAUAUCUUUGAACUUGAGGCUGCCACCCAUAAAAGGCCUUUGGUUUAUCUGGGUCUCAAAAUAUUUGCUCGCUUUGGAAUCUGUGAAUUCCUAAACUGUUCAGAAUCAACUCUGAGGUCAUGGUUACAAGUUAUUGAAGCUAACUACCAUUCCUCCAACUCCUACCAUAAUUCUACUCAUUCAGCAGAUGUACUACAUGCCACUGCUUAUUUCUUGUCUAAAGAAAGAGUAAAGCAAACUUUGGAUCCAAUUGAUGAGGUUGCCGCACUCAUUGCUGCCACAGUCCAUGACGUGGAUCACCCAGGAAGAACAAAUUCUUUCCUGUGCAAUGCUGGCAGUGAGCUAGCAAUUCUCUACAAUGACACCGCAGUGCUGGAGAGCCAUCACGCUGCCCUGGCUUUCCAGCUCACCACCCGGGAUGACAAAUGCAAUAUAUUUAAAAACAUGGAGAGGAAUGAGUAUCGAACCCUUCGCCAAGCCAUUAUUGACAUGGUCUUAGCAACAGAAAUGACAAAGCACUUUGAGCAUGUCAACAAGUUUGUCAACAGCAUUAACAAACCCUUGGCAGCGCUAGAAGAAAAUGGGGUAAGCGACACUAAUAAUGGUGAUGGAGAGUCAAUCAAAACUGUUCUCACAUCUCCUGAAAACCGUAUCCUUAUCAAACGCAUGUUGAUAAAGUGUGCUGACAUUUCCAAUCCAUGCAGACCCAUAGAACAGUGUAUAGAGUGGGCUGGACGCAUCUCUGAGGAGUACUUUGCACAGACUGAUGAAGAAAAGAGGCAAGGUUUGCCUGUUGUGAUGCCAGUUUUUGACAGAAAUACUUGCAGCAUCCCCAAAUCCCAAAUAUCAUUCAUUGAUUACUUCAUUACUGAUAUGUUUGAUGCCUGGGAUGCAUUUGCAGACCUGCCAAAUUUGAUGCAGCAUCUGGAUAAUAACUUUAAAUACUGGAAAGGACUAGAUGAAAGGAAGCUGCGGAGCCUUCGACCACCACCAGAAUAGCAAUUAGGCCAUGUAUUACAGUAAGGCUAGCGCAUGCGCUUGGGGAACUUUCAAAUUCAAGAGAACAUGAGGUCAGCAGUUG